UAUUCGAACAAACACUCAUCAGCUUCUCCUACUGGAUGGGAAUUCAUCUUCAUGUCUAUUAUUUGUUGUCUCAUUUUGCUUUCUGUGUUUAUCACGGAAUUAUAUCACCUACGAAAUCUAUAUUAAACAAAUUUAUUUCAUUAAUUACUAUGUUUUUAUUAACAGUACAACGGUUUGAUUUACCUUUUUAAAGAAGUAGUUUUUAAUAUAACAUAUGAAACAAUACCAAACCUCAACUGUCACAGUUUCGUAACAACAUUAAACUCCUGAAUAGAAAGUAACUUUUGAAAUCUUUACAAAUUCUAAGAAGAGAUAAUUGAAUACAACAUAAUUAUUUAAUCGUGUUUUUCUAAUCAAGUUGCAAAGCAAAGAAAACGAAACUGGCUUUUACAGAAACUGACAUUUACGACUCCAACCUGAAUUUGUCGCUUAUUCUAUAUUUUCUAUUACUUCUCACAUUUCUGAGUUAAAACUUCAAAAAUUGUAAAUGUUAGUAAAGAUAAAUAUAUUAAAUUAUUUAAUUGUUUAAUUGCAUACAAAAUAAUAUCGAUAAAGAAUGUAUAUGUAAUAAUAUAAAAUAAAGAACAUCUGGUAAUAAUAGUAUUAACUGGAUUGUAUGGUACUAUCAUAUUAACUAAAUUGAAUGAAAUUUAUGAAUUUGAGAUCGUUAAUAUUGAAUAAUGAUACAAAAAUAACAUCAAAUUCUACAUUUUCGAUCGAAAUGAAUUAGGGAAACAAACUUGGAUCACGCUUUUUUAUUUAAAAAUUUUAUUCCAAAUUUUUUUUCCAAAGUUACAACUUUUUAAUAGUUAAUAAAGAAAAUAAUUAUGCAGCAUAAAGGUUAAGCCAGCUGUAUCUAAUACGCAGUACAGACACAAUUGAAUAAGAAAUUUUAAUAAACUUUUAUUUUGAAUAUAAAUAAAAGUACUGAAUAAUAAUAUAAAAUAUAAUUAAAUUAUUUUUCUUCGAAGAAAGUAAAAUUUAAAAUUUUGUUUUUUUUAAUAGGGCUACAAUGUAUUUAGUCAAAAAUAACAUUUUAAAAUAAUUUUAUAUUACUGCAUGUAAUAAUUUUCGUUAUUUCGUCACUCAUUUCUAAUUUUGUCACCCUUGAUUUUUAUUUUAUUUUGACUGAUAGAAUCACUUAUUAAGAGGAUGUCCAUAAAGACUCUACUUACAUACUGGUAACAAUCAUCCCAAGUUUAGUAUAACAAAUACAUGUAAUAAUUUCUUUUGUUUAAAAAUUUGAAAGGAACCUGUUUUUACUUUUGACCCUAUAGUAACAUGUAUGGUGUACUUCACUCGAUAUAUCUUUUAUUUUUAAUAAUUAAAUGUAAUUUACUCUUUUUAUUGAAGAAAUUUUCAAGUACAUACAUAUCACAAAGUUGUUAUUAAUUAAAUUAUUUGUGAUCAUAUAAUUAAUAUUGUUAUUAUUAAGAAAAAAUGGAUUGUAACUUUGAGUUCUCGAGGGGCUGUGGUACAGGUGUCGCGGAAGCAAUUGGAAAUUGGGGAUUUUCUAAUAAAAUCUCAAGUUCUGGACAGGAACUUCAAUAUUUAAGAUACCUUUCAGAAAAAAUGGCUUAUUUAAAAGAUACAAAACCUAUGAUGCGUGUAAAGUAUGAUCGUAGAUAUGAUCCUGAAGCUUGGUCCAUAAAACCUAGUCCUGAAGAAUGUAAACCAGCUUGGUCUAUUCCGGAAAAGAGACCACUCAUUACAUAUAGCUCUACUGCAGAAAUACUUUUAACUUCAAGUUUAAAUAGCAUUGGCACAGAUUUAUUAUACGUUAUACCAGGACGAAGUUAUGUGUUGCAAGGUACAAAUAAAUGGUACAGACGAGGGUCAAAUUGCUGUCCACAACCAAGUUGUAUGGCACCAAAAUGUCCAAAACCAUGUUCUUACUGAGAAUGUAACUUUAUUUUAAAUGUAACAUAUUUCUAAUUGUAAAGUAAAAAAUUGUAUCGCAUAAGUAUUAAUGAAAUCAAAAUAAAUGUUUUUAAUAACAAUAUUUCAUACAAAUUAUAUAUUAUGCUUUACUCUGUUAUUUUGAC